AUGGCUUCACUACGAAUUCCAGCCCUUCGCCGGCUCAUGGCCGCUCCAUCACGAGCUACUCGAGCUGUCAACCAGCGACGAUGGGCCCAGGUUCACGAUAUUCGCUUCCUCGCAACAACCCAGCCUUCACAGGCUGUCGUCGAGAAGUACCGAGAAAAGCUCAGCCAGAAGGCCCAACAAGAGGGCCUCGAGAGCAUCGACCAGCUCAAGGCCGCUUACUCCGCCAAGAUCGAUGCCGAACGCCGCAAAGGUGCUGUCGAGUUUCCACCUGGAACCAUUCCCCAAGCACCCGAAACUCCAGUUAUUCAGCCCAACGCGGACAAUCCUCCUGGACAAGACCAGCCCAACAAAGAUACUCGGGAUCCUCCCGCAUCACCUCCCAAGCCUCCACCAACCGGCGCUGAUAAGCAAGCUAUCAAGACACUAAAUGACAUCAUUGAUCUUCCCAAGGUGCGAGAGCUUCCCGAAAAGGAGCUCACAGCUAUCUGGCGUCUACGACAUGCUUCGUCUGAGCAGAACCUCUGCGCUGUGAUCCCGACAUCUACAUACAAGGCCAUGGAGGACGCUGCACGAAAUGCCCCCCAGUUCGUCCUUCCCGUGCCACACCCUGCUCAAGGUGCUGAAAUUCACUUCUUGCAAUGGACCUUUGACGCCCAGUCCAAGACAAGCACUGUUCUCUUCACUCAACUCGCCGAGUACAAGAACCGAGGCGAGUUUGCGCAGCCUCACACCACCAUUACACACCACCUGGACCUUGCCGAUGACCGAGGCCUUGUUCUCAUGCAGGGCCAUGUCCUCCCUGACCGAGGUGUUACACCAGACAACGCUAAGUGGCUUCUCAUGUCUCUCCAGCGAUUCUACGGCGGAUGGGACGGCGAAACCGCCGAGUUGAGUGGUGAGCGCAAGGAUAGAGCUGAGGAGCGAAAGAAGUUGCUGAGCUGGUUCGCAGCUGGUGAUGGGAGAUUCAGCGUUGACAAGCUUCUGGAAGAGGCUGAGCGCAUGGGUUGA